AAAAAAAAAUCGAGGGACAAAAUAAAAAAAAUUAUAAUUAAAAAUGUACGGAUUAGUAUUGGAAGGGAUAGCUGAACACUUGAAACAAAAGUUCGGGGAAGAGGUAUGGACAAUUAUUAUGACCAAAGUCGGAAUCAAGCAUAGAUCCUUCUCGACCCACAAAAUAUAUUCCGAAACGCUUAUCCCCAGACUGGCAAAAGUUGCGGAAGAAGUGACGGGAGUCGAUCACGAGGUUAUGAUGGAAGAAUUCGGCGCAUCAUUCGUGACAUUUCUCAGUCAAUAUGGUUACGAUAAGAUUCUAUCCGUUCUUGGCAGGCGAAUGAGAGACUUCCUCAGUGGUCUCGACAAUUUGCACGAGUAUCUAAGGUUCACCUACCCAAGGUUAAAAGCUCCAUCCUUUUCCACCAGUGAAGAGUCAAGGGAAGGACUCACGUUAACAUACAAAAGCAAGCGCAAAGGUUACGCUAAUUAUGUCAAGGGUCAGAUUAAGAAAGUUGGUAGAGUCUUUUACAAAAUUGACAUAGAAAUACAAAUGAUGAAAGAACUGAUAUCCAAGGACUCCUACGGAGUCGUGUACAGACUCUAUUUCGAUAACUCAUCCUUUUUACUUUCAGAAGGUGAGGACCCCUUUCAUAACUACGCGUUAAAUUACGAAAGGUUCAUGGGAACGGAUUCCUCAUCUCUUUACCAGAAUAAUGGCACGUCUUCCAAUGAUUUAAAUUUAAUUCCUUACGAUAUUUUGAAACUGGAUUCUUCCAUUUAUUAUACCGUAUUUCCUUUCCACGUCACAUUCAACAAAUCUAUGAUGAUAGUAAGUGCUGGAUCAGCUCUGUUAGCCAUCAUGCCCGAUCUUAUCGGACAGAAUAUUGACGAGACCUUUGCCAUCAUUAAGCCCCCUUUCGAUUUUAGGUGGUCGAAGAUUUUGGAUCAUUUGAACAACCUUUUCGAGUUGAUAACUAUAGUUCCUAUACAAAAAGAUGAGGAUGACCUUGCAGCGGACAAUUAUGACACUCUUAUCGAUAUCUCGGAGCAUAGUUUACAUUUGAAAGGACAGAUGGUGUAUUUAGACCAACUCCAAUAUUUGAACUUCUUGGGAACGCCCGUAAUGCAAGAAUUGGAUGAUAUGGCCAAGUUCGGACUCUACAUUAACGAUUUAUGCAUGCAUGACUCUUCGAGGGAUUUACUUCUAGCAGGCACUCAACAAAGUACCGAAUUAAAAGCGGCCGUUGAUCAAGAACAAUUGAAAAGUAAAAAGAUAGCCCUAAAUAUGAAGCGAUUAGAUGAAGAAGUAAAAAGAACUGAUCAGCUCUUGUAUCAAAUGAUACCCAAAGCAGUGGCCGAUAGAUUACGUAAAGGGGAACCAUCGGUCAACACUUGCGAAAUAUUCAAUGCCGUUUCUAUAUUAUUUACUGAUAUCGCCAACUUCAAUGUCAUAUGCGCCAACAUUUCUCCGAUGGACGUCGUCACAAUGUUAAAUACCAUGUAUAUGACUUUCGACAAAAUUGUAUCAAAUCAUCACGUCUACAAAGUGGAAACUAUAGCGGACGCGUAUAUGAUAGUGUCAGGAGCCCCUAUUGUGGCUGAGUUUCAUGCUCAAUACCUCGCAGAGGCCACGUUCGAUAUUUUAGCCGCCUGCUCUAAACUUAUUGACCCAUUUACGAAAGGGAAUUUACAAAUUAGAUUCGGUAUUCAUUCGGGCGCCGUGGUAGCGGGUGUGGUAGGAAUUAAAAUGCCAAGAUAUUGCUUGUUUGGGGAUACAGUUAAUACGGCUUCUCGUAUGCAAUCCGCGAGCGAACCACUCAAAAUUCACAUAAGUGAGACAACUAAAAAACAGCUGGAGGGUUUUCCAUAUCAUGUCGAGAAAAGAGGAGUCAUCGAUAUAAAGGGUAAAGGAACAAUGGAGACCUACUGGUUAUUGAAUAAAACGCUAGCGAAUUAUUCACCCGCGUUGGAGGCCAAACGCAGGGAAUACGAAGCGAUAAUAUCCAAAAUUGAUAGGAGGGGGUCAAUGUUAUCGAUGGAGAGUAAUAUAAAUCUCAUCAGCAAAAAAAAUCACCCGGAAGUAGAAAUAGUGGAUGAUUAUGAUUAUUUGGGAGGAGACGAAGUCAAAGAAUCUGGUUUUACUUACAACCCCGUGACCAUCAUGGAUAUCGCUAAAUCCCAGAGCAGUCUGCAUAGCAAAGUGAGUACUGUUCUGCCCUCUCUAAAUCCGCCAGUGCCUGAUGAUCAAAGAACUUCAUCCAUGCUAUUAAAUCUGCCUCCAAGAAUAUCGUCGGAUGAUUUUACUGGAAACCAUUUUUUGCCCAUCGAUGCCAUGUCAUCUCAACAAGGUAAAUAUAUUAUAAUGAAAAGGGAGAAUCGUCCUCGAAAAUCAAAAUCUACUAUUAGCGCUGCACCGAAUGCAUCGGAUAAUGUCGAUCAUAAACCCGAUGACGUAAAUAUUAUGAAUAAGAUGAAUGAUCGCUGUCAUUUCAUAAAAAAUGAUUUAAGUAAACAAACCAACAAUGCUAAAACAUCCGACUUAUCAUUUAGACCGAUAAAAAGGAGCAAUAUUUUUAACGGAACCUCUGGUUAUGAUCUCCCGGUAAACACCAACGAUAUCUUUGAAAAUAAAAACGAUAAUGUGUCUAAGGAAAUAAAAUCCGAUCAUCUAAAGAAUCAUAUUAAAACAUUUAAUUAUAAAAAAAGUUCUGAAAAACUCGCCCUUAUUAAGAAGAGUGAUAAUAAUAAUGAAUCCAAUAAUAUUAAUAAUAAUAAACCUAUCAAUAAUCAAGAGUUAUCUGGAAAACAAAUUCAAAACUCUAUACCAAAAAAUAAAGCCAUUUUAGUGAAAAGUAAAAUGUGUAAGAUAUUGUAA